AUGAGUAUUAAAGGCACUCUCAGCCAUCGUUCCAGUUCAUACGUAAAACACACACACACACUCAAUACACACACACACACACACACACACACUUACACACUCACUCAAUACACACUCACACACUCAAUACACACUCACACACACACACUCACACACUCAAUACACACACACACACUCAAUACACACACACACACACACACACACUUACACACUCACUCACACUCAAUACACACUCACACACUCAAUACACACACACACACACACACACACUUACACACUCACUCACACUCAAUACACACUCACACACUCAAUACACACUCACACACACACACACACACUUACACACUCACACACACACACACACUUACACACUCAAUACACACUCACACACUCAAUACACACACACACACACACACACACACACACACACACACUUACACACUCACUCACACUCAAUACACACUCACACACUCAAUACACACUCACACACUCAAUACACACUCACACACACACACUCACACACUCAAUACACACUCACACACUCACACACACUCACACACACUCAAUACACACACACACACACACUUACACACUCACUCACACUCAAUACACACUCACACACUCAAUACACACUCACACACACACACUCACACACUCAAUACACACUCACACACUCACACACACACACACACACAAACACACACACUCAAUACACACACACACACACUUACACACUCACUCACACUCACACACACACACUCACACACUCAAUACACACACACACACACACACACACACACACACUCACUCACACUCAACACACACUCAAUACACACUCACACACACACUCAAUACACACUCACUCAAACACACACACACACACACUCAAUACACACUCACUCAAACACACACACACACACACACUCACUCACACACUCAAUACACACACACACACAUACACUCACUCACACACUCACUCACACUCAAUACACACUCACACUCACACACUCAAUACACACUCACACACUCAAUACACACACACACACACACUCACUCACACACUCAUUCACACUCAAUACACACUCAAUACACACUCACUCAAACACACAAUACACACUCAAUACACACUCACUCACACACACACUCACUCACACACUCAAUACACACUCACACACACAAUACACACUCACUCACACACUCAAUACACACUCACUCUCUCUCACACACACACACAAUACACACUCACUCACACACACUCAAUACACACUCACACACACAAUACACACUCACACACACACACACACACACACACACACACAAUACACACACUAACUCACACACACUCACUCAAACACACACACACACACAAUACACACUCACACUCAAUACACACUCACUCUCUCACACACACACACACACACACUCAAUACACACACACACACAAUCAAUACACACUCACACACACACACUCAAUACACACUCACACACACACACACACUCAAUACACACUCUCACACACACACACACACACACACACACAAUACACACACACACACACAAUCAAUACACACUCACACACACACACUCAAUACACACUCUCACACACACACACAAUACACACUCACACACAUAUAUGCACGCACACACUCAAUACACACACACACACACUCAAUACACACACACACACACUCAAUACACACUCUCACACACACACACACACACACAAUACACACUCACUCACUCACUCACACACACACACACACACACACACACACACACUCAAUACACACUCACUCACACACACACACACACAGACACAAUACACACUCACUCACACACACACACAUGUAGUGCUGCUGUUAAAAUCAAACAGUGCAGAAUCUGCAAUAAAAAUUCAAAUGAAACGUACCGACAGGCACAUUGGAAUUACGGAAUGUUGAUAUAAAUCUAUCACAACAGAGUUUCAAUAACAAAAAUAAUCAUCUAUGGAAUAAAAGUAAUAAAAACACAAGCAUGAUAAAGAACUCCAGCAUCAGAAACAUACAGGAAUGAUCAUUCAUCACUGAUUUGGUAACGCUCAAAACAUGUCAAUUGUGUUCAGAAGAGUCAGCGUGUUUAACAUAAAGAAAACAGCGGCACGUUUAAGUUAUCACACAUAAAUGUACAAAAAAAAAAAAAAAACUGGAAUGACAGAAUAAAAACAAUUUGUUUAAGACAUUUUAAAACAAAAGUGGCAGUGACACAUCAAAUGUAGUUCAUACAGUACCCCGAAUAAACCGUACAUCACCUACUGUAAUAAACUAACAAUGAAUAUUUAAAGGCCGUUUCUAAAUGAACUAUGGCAAAAACAUUAGUGUUGUCAUGAUCAUAAGCUAACUAACCAUUAAGACAUGCACACUAUUACUAACAUCACUGUGGAGCUGACAGCAAAUCCAGUCACCUUAAACCCUCUCUAGAGUUUGUGAUUUUGUAUAUAUGGAGUGUUUGGCAGAUUGUGGAGUGUUGAUUUACCAAACAGUGAGGUAAAUGACUCGUGACUAUCACACAUCACACCGGAUCAUGUUCAGUUGUGGUUACUACAUCAGUUUCAUGCAAACUCACACACGCAGCAUCAUCAUCUGUACAAUUACCAACAUUAAAGGCCAUUAAAUGCCACAGCGGUUCAUAAAGCUGCUGUUUGCAAGAGUGAAUCUUGUGAAAAUCUGUCAAGAACAUGUGCACCUAUUUCACCCUAAAAUCACAAGAAGAAAUUGCAUUUUGCACAAAGAAAAUGAAGUCUUUUAUACCAAUGAAGCAUAUAUUAUGCAAAAAAAUAAAAUAGUAAUUUUCAUUACUAAAAUGCAAAAAAUAUAUAUAUAUAUUUAUAUGAAGGCAUUUAUACAUCAAGGUAGUAUUUGUUGUUUUACUUUUAAUGUAUGCUAAUUUAAAUAAAAUAAAAAUAAUUACAUUAUAGAGAAUUUGGGGGGGAAUGUGAAAGAAGAAAUUAUAUUUUGCACAAUGAAAAUUACACCUAUUGUUUUUGGGACCAUUAAUAUUACACAAUUAAUGAAAAUGAAGCACAUUUUCUCCCUAAAAUCUCAUUAGUAUUAUUUAAAAAUAAAACUGUAACUUCCACUACUAAAAUGUGAAUAAAACAAAUAUGUUAUUUAUAUGUGGGCAUUUACACAACAAGGUAGUAUUUGUUGUUUUACCUUUAAUAUACCUUUAAUUUAUGCUGAUUUAAAUCAUUUUAUAACUGUAAUGAGAAUUUAGAGAUGAAAUAAAAAAAUAAAUAAAAA